AUGUGGAGAGUUUUGGGGAGGACAUGGAACAUACAAGACGUAUUCACAUUGGCUGUGAUUUUGGCCUUGCAUUCUCUUUGUGCAUUUGCGCCCUUUCAUUUCAAUUGGCCUGCAUUUUGGGUGGCCGUCACUUUGUACGUUGUGACGGCUUUAGGACUCACACUAUGCUACCAUAGAAGUCUUACCCAUAGAGGUUUGAGGCUUCCAAAAUGGCUCGAGUACCUCUUUGCCUAUUGUGGUGUUCUGUCACUUCAGGGUAGCCCGAUUGAAUGGGUGAGUACCCACCGGUACCAUCAUCAGUUUACUGACACAAAGAAGGACCCUCACAGCCCUAUCCAGAGUUUAUGGUUUAGUCACAUGGGUUGGAUGCUUGAUGGCCGUCGUCGUCAGUUUCAAAAGAGGUUUCUUCUUCGUACUAACCUUCUACAUUCAAUUGCUCUUGGAGGUGUACUAAUUGUUGUGGGUGGAUUUCCCUUCUUGGUUUGGGGAGUGGGGGUGAGGACAACAUUUUUACACCACGCCACUUUUCUAGUAAAUUCAGUUGGCCACAUGUGGGGAAACAAAGCAUGGAACUCCGGUGAUACGUCGACGAACAAUUGGUGGCUGGCAAUUAUUGUCUUUGGAGAAGGCUGGCAUAAUAACCACCAUGCUUUUGAAUACUCAGCUCGACAUGGGCUGGAAUGGUGGCAAAUUGAUUUUACUUGGUACACAAUAAGAUUUCUUCAAGCUAUUGGACUGGCAACAGAUGUCAAGGUCCCGACUGAAAUUCAAAAGCAAUGA